GUUAGUCUCAUUAUUAUCAUCAUCCUCCCUGGCUGUUUGCUGCUUGGUCUUCCAUGCCCCUGCUAACCCACUGUCUCACUGUCUUUCUCUAUCACUCCCUUUUCACAGAUUUCACUCACUCGAUCACUGCUGCUUAAGUCAGCUCAUUGACUCACCCUUUUCGCGUUUUUCAUCAUCAUCAUCUUCUUCUUUUCUUCUGCUGAUAUUGCAGAGGAAUACCCGGUAAAACUUUACUUGUAACAUUCACAUUUCGUGUCCCAACAUAGCUUAGAAACUCAGCCACCCAAGUUCGUGCACAUUAUCAAAUACUGUGUCGUUUCUCUUUUUCCUUCUGGGUUUUUGAUAUUCGUAAUGGGGUUUUUGCAAAGAAUUGGUUCUGCUUCUAUGUAGAGUCCGACUGAGUUCAUCCCUGAAAGAAAAGAAAAAAAAAAAAAAAAAAAGAAAUGGGUUGCUUACAGUCCAAGACUGCCCAUUUUCUCUCCCCGGACGAACCUUCUUCUCAACCCGACACUAUCAAACCCGACCCAGGAAAUGGGGAUCAAGCUGAGCUAGAACACUGUGUUCCGGCAUUUAAAGAGUACGGUCUGAACGAGCUCAUGAAAGCUACAAAUGGGUUUAGCUCAGGAUAUAUUGUCUCAGAGAGCGGCGAGAAAGCUCCCAAUGUGGUUUACAGAGGGAAGCUCGAUAACAAUCUUUUGGUCGCUGUUAAACGCCUUUCCAAACAGUCUUGGCCUGACUUUCAGCAGUUCGUGGCUGAGGCGGCUGGAGUGGGUAAAGUGAGGCACAAGAGAAUGGUGAAUCUAAUUGGUUGCUGUGCUGAAGGAGAUGAGCGGCUCUUGGUGGCUGAGUACAUGCCCAAUGACACUCUAUCCAAGCACCUCUUCCACUGGGACAAGAAGCCACUGCCGUGGGAAAUGCGUGUCAGAGUGGCAUACAAUAUUGCACUGGCACUUGAUCAUUGUAGUGCAGAAGAUCGGAAGAUAUAUCAUGAUUUGAAUGCAUAUAGAAUUCUCUUUGAUGAGGAUGGUGACCCUUGUUUAUCUAGUUUUGGCCUUAUGAAAAAUAGUCGUGAUGGUAAAAGCUACAGCACUAAUUUAGCUUAUACUCCGCCAGAGUUCUUACGGACAGGCAGAGUCAUCCCAGAGAGUGUAAUCUACAGUUAUGGAACAGUUCUUUUGGGCCUUUUGAGUGGGAAGCAUAUUCCUCCAAGCCAUGCACUGGACUUGAUAAGGGGGAAAAGUGUAUUGUUGUUAAUGGAUUCUUCAUUGGAAGGGCAGUACUCGAAUGAUGAUGCUACUAAGUUGAUUGAACUUGCUUCAAAAUGUCUUCAGUCCGAGGCUAAGGAUAGACCUGAUACUAGGUUUCUUCUUGCAGCAGUGGCACCACUUCAAAAGCAGAAAGAGGUUGCAUCUCACAUUCUUAUGGGCAUUACUAAGAGUACAGUCACACCGCCAACCAUGCUUUCUCCCCUAGGAAAGGCUUGUGCUAGAAUGGAUCUUACUGCAGUUCAUGAGAUUCUGCUUAAAACGGGUUAUAAAGAUGAAGAGGGUGCAGAAAAUGAGCUUUCAUUUCAAGAAUGGACACAACAAGUGCAAGACAUGUUGAACACUAAGAAAUUUGGGGAUAUUGCAUUUAGGGACAAAGAUUUCAAGAGUGCUAUUGAGUAUUAUUCCAAGUUAGUUGGUAUGAUGGCGGUGCCGUCGGCUACUGUAUUUGCACGAAGAGCCUUCUCUUAUUUGAUGAACCUACAAGCAGAACUUGCCUUGAGAGAUGCCAUGCAGGCUCAGGUAUGCAUAGCAGAGUGGCCAACAGCUUUCUACCUGCAGUCUCUCGCACUCUCCAAGCUUGGAAUGGAGACUGAUGCUCAAGACAUGCUCAACGAUGGAGCAGCCUUUGAAGCAAAGCGACAAAACAGCUGGCGUGUUUGAUCUAUGCCUCGGUAAUUACGUAACAAAAAACUAAUAUAGGUCACUUGUAUGACUAGAUAGGAAGUGAAAUUGGCAAGGCCAAAAUGAAAUGUGGUUUAACUUGGUAGAUAUCAAAUAUUACACUGACUAAAUUGUUACGAGGAUGAGCUUUGUAUAAUGAGUUCCUGAUGGAAAAUAAGUUUAUUUCACGUAUAUUAUUAACAUUUUAACACUUUAGUUGGAUAUAGAUUCGGAAAACAAAUCAUGUUGAGUGCAAAACAGAAAGUGCCUCAGGACACCCAUUUAUUUAAACUUUCUUUUUCCUUGUCUUAA